AUGGAUAAACCGAAUACCAACGACUGCACAGUGGGCACCGUCCCUUUGGUCAGUGAGGUGCAGCUGACCGCUGCGACUGGGGGAGCCGAGCUGUCCUGCUAUCGAUGCACUGUGCCCUUUGGUGUCUUCAUCCUCAUCACGGGCAUCGUGGUGACGGCAGUGGCCUACAGCUUUAAUUCCCACGGAUCUAUCAUCUCCGUAAUUGGACUGGUGCUGCUGUUUACCGGACUGCUUUUAUUAUUAUCAAGUGCCGUGUGCUGGAAAGUGCGGCAUGAGUGCAAGAAGGCAAAGCGGCGGGAGAGCCAAGCCGCCUUGAUGGCCAGCCAGAGGAACAGUUUUGCCUGA